AUGGCCGAACGGCUCCAAAGUCCUGUGAUGUCUCCGCAGCGCUGCGCUCGAGGGCCAUCUCUAUGGCAACGGCACACCAACUCUUCAAACAGCUGUAGACAGGCUAACAUGGCGGAGAAACUCAAACAGUCGCCUAAAAGAGUUUUUAUCAACAACAUAGACUCUCACGCUUCCAAAUGUAUUGCCAAGUUUUUGUCUGAAUUUGUGGUCGGAGCACCGACUGACCCUGACGGCGAAAUGGAGACUGAGAAAGAGGAGGAGGGGGCCAUUUCAAACCACAGCGGAGCAGGGGCUUUUCACGUUGUUGGAACUGUUUCUGACAAAUUUGACGAGGACAGACCAUAUGUGCUGGAGGAGUAUUUACACCUGAACAGGGGUGAGCUACUGUCAAAACUGAAGGACUGUGAUGUUGUUAUUUACAACAUUACCCAGCAUGCUGAUCAGGUGGAAGAAGCCUUCUGGGCCGUUUCAGCUCUCCACAAUGAAAUGGGCCAUUUUUCUGGACCAAAGAUGUUCAUCCUCGUCUCCACUGUGAUGACCUGGGCGUGCAGCAAGCCAGUUGAUCCUGAGGAUCUGGAGAUUCCUUUCACUGAUGAGAUUUUCUGGAGAAGAAGAGCACAUCCCAACUUCAAACAACACAUUGACCUGGAGAAGAGGGUGGUCAAAAUGGGCAAAACUAACAGGGCGUUGUUCUCGACCUACGUGGUGGCGUCAGGACUUCAGUACGGGAUGGGAGAGCAGGUCUUCCACUUCUUUUUCAAGACAUCAUGGCUGGGACAACAAUGUGAAAUACCUGUCUUUGGAGACGGAAACAACAUCGUUCCCACAAUUCAUAUCAAUGACCUGGCAAGUGUGAUUCAGAAUGUGAUUGAGCAUCAGCCCAAGCCGUAUUACCUGUUAGCUGUGGACCAUUCCACCAAUACCAUGGAGGACAUUGUGAAGAUAGUUGCCUCUGUACUUGGACCAGGGAAGAUCCAGAAAAGGCCAUUUGAGGAAGCCUUCCUUAUACAGGACUUGAGUGUAAUGGAAAUUGAUUCCAUGCUGGUCAACCUUCGUAUGGAGGGUGUCCAUGUCAAAGAACUGUUCUCUAUUAACUGGUUGUGUGAGUCUGGUCUGGUGGAAAACAUAGAGCUGGUGGUAGAGGAAUACCGGCAGACCAGGGGACUGCUGCCCAUCUGUCUGUGUAUACUGGGUCCUCCUGCGGUGGGGAAGAGCACAGUGUCCAAACAGAUCUGUGAACACUACAAACUCCAUCACAUCACACUGAAGGAGACAAUCUCUAAAACCAUCUCACAACUGGAAGAUGCUGUGAAGAAUGCUGAUCCAGAUGCAGAGAAUGAGGACUCUGCAGCAGAGGCCCAGGAGCUGCUGAAGACCCUGAAGGACAGCAUGGAGCAGAAUGGAGGUCUUUUGGAUGACCAGCUGUUGGUGAAGGUGGUGAAGGAUAAACUGAUGUCUAACCCAUGCAGAAACCAGGGUUUUGUUCUGGACGGCUUUCCCAAGACAUAUGAACAAGCUAAAGAGCUAUUUUAUGCUGAAGAGCAGGAAUCAGAAGAUGGAACAUCCCAGAUUUCUUCAAACAGCGAGACGAUUAUACCAGAGUUUGUGUUGCACCUGGAUGCGUCAGAUGCUUUCCUGAAGGAUCGGGUGAUGAACCUCCCUGAGAGGUUGGUACAGGGGCACAACUAUGAGCAGGAGCACUUCCUGCAACGACUGGCCAGAUACAGAGAGAACAACUUGGAAGAUGAAACUGUUGUCAACUACUUUGAUGAGCUGGACAUCACCCCUCUGUACCUGGAAAUCACCAGUAGCAAUGAACCUGACUGCCUGCUGCUGAUGCAGAAGAUCUUUGACACGGUCGGCCAGCCCAGGAACUACGGGCCCAGCAGCCAGGAGGUGGAGGAAGAGGAGAGGAGGGGGGCUGAGGAGAGGAUGAGGAGAGAGGCCCAGGAGAAAGCUGAGAAGGAGAGGAGGGAGGCCGAGGAGGCCAGACACAGGGCUGCACUCUGGGAGGAGUGGGUGGUAAUAAUGGUCAAUGAACGCUUUGAGAUCUGGUAAGUCCUCCACUGUAAAGCUAUUCUGUUUCAGGUUAAAAGUAGCAGAUGGACUAUGGAUAAGAUGUGAUCCGAAAUCUAUUUUUAUUCCGUAUACUUUGUUUGUUUUAGCUGUUGCUGUGUUUAUCAGCAAUAGGGCGUCGCCAUGUUGGAUCUCACCUCCGAUCUCCAACUCUCGCGAUACUGGCCUCACACUGCCAUCCGGCUAUUCAUUCUAGUAUCUUCGUGGUCCCUCCUCAUAUGAGGGCCCUGUAUACUCAGUCCCCUUCCCUCCCCAGUCAUACACCCCUGCACAUGGGUACUGGAAUGAGGAGAAAUGGGAGAUAUUGGUUGUUGCAUACAGUAGACUUUUGCCUCAUGCAGAAUGGGAAAAACUGAAUGGGAGGUUAUGAUGUUCCAGGCUCUUUAAAAAUAAAAAUACACAUUAAUACUGCACUCACAGCUGUCCUUUAGGGGACACUGUAACAAAGUUAAAUGAUAAUUAUGGUUUAGUACAACAUGGGUCUUAUUUUUGUAGUUUUGCCCAUCAUUUCUAUCAGUUAUGAACAUUUUACUCACCAAAGUAAAUGCGAGGAAAGAAACACGAGCAGUCAGACAGUCAGACUGGUUUUAAACAAAGGCCCAGGUUAGCCAAAUUUAUUCAGAAUAAUAAUCACAGAUUACAGACCAACUUCCUGCUUCAACUUUGACCGUCUGUACUUACUGUAGAUGUAUUCACACAGUCUUCCUAUACACUGAGAGAUUAUUAGCAACAUUUCAGGUGCGCUCACUUUCAGAUUUACCUCCAAAUAAAGUGGGUUAGAUAAUCUGGAAAAAGCGUUGGCCUGUGUACGACCUGACUGAUCGUCUGUCUGCUCGUGUUCUAGACCCUUCUGACUUAGUUGUAGUGAUGUCAUUGUGUUCCCAGAUCUCUAUAUAUAGAAGUAGAUAUUAUCACUAAUAGAAAUGAUGGCCCGAUUUUCAAAAUUAAGACCCACGUGUACUAAACCGGAAUUAUUAAUUAUUUAUUAAUUUAAGUGUUACGGUUUGAUAGCCAAUCGUGUUUGAUAUGUUUGUAUAUUAUGAAGUUUGAUGCAUUUUGUGUGUCAGACUAAGGGUUUGAAGCAGGUGAAGCAGCAGGAGGAGGAGCUGCUGGAGGCCCAGUCAGUCCCUAUGAAGAACUACCUGAUUGAGCACAUCAUGCCCACUCUGACCCAGGGCCUGAUCGAAUGCUGCACAGCCCGACCACAGGA